AUGGAUUUGUUACCGCCAGAAUUGAUCUCCCUGGUGUUGAACCACCUGAAGAUUGCGAGAGAUCAUGAAGGCAGGUCUUUUAGUCUGGCACCAUAUGCCACAUUGGGCCGUCACUGGCAGGCUAUCAUUGAGAGACGCACAUUCGCCAAAAUUCGAAUUCACACUGCAAAACGACUGGAAGAGUUCCAGCGCAUCGUAACGAACCCCAGCCGAAGAUCUUGUGUCAAACGCAUCAACCUAGUCGUGCGGCUCGAGUCAUACGAUGUGCAGGCGCGCGCUCAGUGGGAGACUGACGAGGAUCGCCAACAAAACAACAAGAUCUUUACCUCAACGAUUUGCACUCUUUUCAAAAUCCUAUCAAGCUGGCCAAACGAUGCUGCUAGCAUUGAGCUUUCUAUCCAGGCAAUGUGCCCGAGCGACUUUCUCGAUAUGAAGCAACGACGGAAACCAGCCGCUAGAUCGAGAUUGGACGAUCUUCUUCAGAAGAGAUAUGAGAGAUCCUACCUGCAAUUCUCUCGAACUACCACAGACGUCCAGUGCCCACCGGUCCCUAUAGUGAACUAUCUUUCAAUCCGCGGCCUCAGAAAUAAACGGCUAAUCGAACCGGCAUCGAGUGUAUUCAUCGCGUCAAAGCUACCGCGAUUAAACCGAGUGGAACUAUUGAUGAAGGAUGAGUACAACGCCUUCGAAAUGCGGUUCGAUCUAAAAUUUCAAUACGAGCCCCCUCGUGAUCAGCACUACGCACCUCCAGACGUGACGGUGGAUGGAUCGGACCUUUUAAGUUCGGCUUUACGGGAUUUGUCGCAGCGUCUAGAGAGUCUUCACAUCGACGAUUUUACAGUUUUAGGCCCGGAGCUUUUUUGGCCGUUGAAUUCAAAGGAAUAUAGUGUAUCGGUGAAUCUACCCUUCUGGCCAAAUCUGAAAGAGGUGGUGGUGAACUAUGCGCCGGUGACACCGUCUGGAGAGUGGCUUCAAGAACGGGAUCCGGAGGACACGGAUACAGAUGAUAACACGGAUCCUGAAUACUACAAUGCUAGAGAGGAGGGAUAUCCCGAAUCCGUCCGUGUCCCUCUCGAGGAUCGCCGAUGUAUACAUUUUCGAUUCAACCUCAUCGCGAGCCACGCCAACAGAUUCUACAUCUCAGCUGCCUGGGCUGCCCUCCGGAUGCCUAAAUUGAGACAAAUGAUUUUGCAGACUGAUGGCAUCUCACGGUACUCACUGGAGUAUGAAGUGCGGGCGGGAACUUCUAGGCUUACAUGGAGGACUCUUGAUUCUGCAGAUUGCUUGAUUGGCGGUGACCCAUCAACAAAGCAAGCCAGGGCUGAGCGCCUCUACCAACCCGACGCACGGGUCUUGGAGGCCUGGGAAAACGUUGCGCCUGAACACACUGGAAGGGGCCUAGAGACUGAGUUCAAAGAAUGGUGGGAUUGA